UUGCGCGUCCACGCGGAGCUGAGUAGAGUAGAGUGAAAGUGGUGGACAGCUCGUCAGAAGAGUUCUCAAAACAGAUUUAUAAUCCACAUAAUUGCGACUGAAGCCAUGGCAACCGACUCAUGGGCUUUUGCGGUGGACGAACAAGAGGCUUCAACCAAGUUUAUUGACUAUAACUGCAAUUCUGUUGUUUGGAAAAAGAUUCGGAACUUACGGAUUAUGGACGUGGGAGAUGCACCUGUACUUUGCUCUAAUGGAACAAAACCAGUAGAUGAUGGUGACAAAUCGGAUGAAGAGGAGAAAGAGGACAAAGCCACACAGUCCCUCUUAAAUAAGCUCAUCAGAAGCAAUUUAGUCAACAACACAAACCAAGUGGAGGUUCUUCAGAGGGAUCCAAACUCCCCUCUGUAUUCAGUGAAGACCUUUGAGGAGCUAAGACUGAAACCUCAGCUGCUCAAAGGCGUGUAUGAAAUGGGCUUCAACAGACCCUCUAAAAUUCAAGAGAAUGCACUUCCCAUGAUGCUCGCCGAACCACCUCAGAAUCUGAUCGCUCAGUCUCAGUCUGGCACUGGUAAAACGGCCGCCUUCGUAUUGGCCAUGCUCAGCCAUGUGGACCCAGCCCUUAAAUGGACACAGUGUUUGUGCAUUUCUCCCACUUAUGAGCUCGCUCUGCAAACGGGUAAAGUCAUUGAGCAGAUGGGCAAAUUCUACCCAGAGGUCACACUGGCAUAUGCAGUUCGUGGACACAGAAUGGAGCGUGGCAUUAAAAUCAGUGAGCAGAUUGUCAUCGGGACACCCGGGACCGUUCUAGACUGGUGCAUCAAACUGAAACUCAUUGACCUGAGGAAGAUCAAAGUGUUUGUUUUGGAUGAGGCUGAUGUCAUGAUCGCCACGCAGGGCCACCAGGAUCAAAGCAUCCGCAUUCAGAGAAUGCUGCCCAAAGGCUGCCAGAUGUUACUUUUCUCUGCUACAUUUGAGGACUCCGUGUGGAAUUUUGCAGUGCGGGUCGUGCCGGACCCCAACAUCAUCAAGCUCAAACGAGAAGAGGAGACCCUGGACACUAUCAAGCAGUACUAUGUGCUCUGCAAUAGCAAGGAGGACAAAUACAAUGCACUCUGUAACAUUUAUGGAGCUAUCACUAUAGCACAAGCUAUGAUCUUCUGUCAUACUCGUAAAACAGCCAACUGGCUCGCAGGGCAGAUGUCUAAAGAAGGCCACCAGGUGGCGCUUCUCAGUGGUGAAAUGGUAGUAGAGCAAAGAGCUGCAAUUAUUGAACGAUUCAGAGAUGGCAAAGAGAAGGUUCUUAUCACUACUAAUGUCUGUGCAAGAGGUAUUGAUGUCGAACAAGUGUCUGUGGUGAUCAACUUUGACCUACCUCUGGACAAAGACCACAAUCCAGACAAUGAAACGUACCUCCAUAGGAUCGGGAGAACAGGACGAUUUGGCAAGAGAGGGCUUGCCAUCAACAUGGUGGACAGCCAGCGCAGCAUGGAGAUUCUCAAGACAAUUGAAAGGCAUUUUAAUAAGAAAAUUCUGAGGCUGGAUACAGAUGAUCUUGACGAAAUCGAAAAGAUUGCCAACUGAAAGACCUUAAAUGCACUCCACAUUGCAUAAUCAAAAUCAGUUCUGCUGUUACCUCGUUCGAGUUGAUGCUUCAUUAACCAACAUUGGUUCUUCACUUUGUAUGUGAAAGCUAGAGUUGCAAUGACAAUUGUUUACAUGAAUUACAGACAUACAGAGAACAGUUAACGCUUUAAUCUUUAUGCCAAAAGUUUUGAUUCCAAGCCAGGGGCGUUUCUAGGACUUGAGGUGUUUCGGGGCUUAGCGGGGGUGGGGGGGUGUAGCAAUAUUAUUGCGUAGCCUACAUUUAAAAUUACAUUCGGGGCUGAAGCCCCGGAAAAAUGACCUGGCGAUGCCGAUGUUCCAAGCUAAUAGUUGUUACAGGAGGAAUCAGUUUGGGUUUGAAAGAGUGUCUCUAUAUUUUCAUUUGAAGUGAAUGACUGUUACAGCACUAAUUCCUAUAUUUAGUCUUGUUUCCUAAUUUUAUGUAGAUUAUUGUCUGUUAGCUACUGGACUAAUUAAGCAUAUUUUGCAUUGUGUUGCACUGUUAAAUAAUUAGACUACCUUUUGAUCUUAAAUGUGAAAAGAAUUAUAACUGAAUUAAAUAUGUAAGCUAUUAGAGUAUACAUUAUAUAAAGAAUCAGACUUGAACUUCAGUGUGCAUACAAAGUUAAAAGGCACACCUAAAACACUAACAUUGCUCAGGCGCACUUUAAAAUGAAAGAGAUUUUGAAAUGAGAAUUAUUGUGAAAGCACAAUAGAGUAUUAUAUUGAUGUUUAACAACAACAACAACAAAAAUGUAUUGUACUUGAACUGCAUUCAAAGCUUUAGGUUUUUUUUAUUUGUUUUUUUUUUUUCACGAUAUUAUGCAAGUUUCCUUGUUUUGAAGUUUAAAGAGGAAACCAUUAAAGGAGACCAAAUUAGAUUUUUUUUUUUUUUUUUUUUUUUUUAACACUGGCUAACAUAUUCAUGUUUUCAAAAUGCAGCACUUUUACCCAGUGCAGUUAGGUACUGAAAGAUAAUAUAGCUAUAUUGUUAGAAAAUUAAUGCACGGCUGCUGUUUGCAAAAAGCAAAAUAACUAUACAUUUGUUACAUUUUUGCUGCUCAAUUAAUGCACUUUGGUUGACUGAAACAGUUUGCAUUUGUGAAUGCUGUGAGUGAAGUUUAUUAAGAAUUGAAGAGCUUUAAAAGUGUUUUUUUUUUUCUUUUUUUUUUUCCUGUAGCAUUUCAUUUUCUUUUCUUGCACAUUUGCUGCAUUUGUUUUAUAGUUGUUUCUUAUAAUAAUAAAUAACCAAC